AGCGCCUCAAGAACUCUCCAGUCUCAUUAUCCACAACUAUAAAUAACUCCAUUCCUCCUUCGGUUUCCUCACAAGUCAAAAGUUCUUAACCUUCACUAAUUCCUUCCCAUUCAGCAACCCAUUUUCUUUCCGUGUUCUCUCUUUUCGUCAGCUUCCUCAUUAAGGCCUCCGUUGCUACGUACGCAUAUCUCAGUAUAGUAUAUAUAUACACAGAGGCAUGGCUGCGUUUCGGAGCUCGUUAGCUUUCGCUGGCUUGUUAGUUCUUGUCUCGGCGAUCGUCUCCGAAAGCAGGGUUGCGAGAAAGGAUCUCGGUUUGGAUCUUGGCGGUGUAGGAGUCGGACUUGGAACAGGACUCGGCAUCGGAUUGGGAGGAGGUGGUAGCGGCAGUGGUUCCGGGUCUGGAUCCGGUUCCGGUUCCGGUUCGGGCUCUUCAUCGGGGUCGAGCUCAUCAUCUUCGUCUGGGUCCAGCAGCUCUGCAGGUUCGGGUUCAGAUGCAGGCUCGGAAGCGGAGUCAUAUGCGGGCUCCCAUGCAGGGUCUCGAGCGGGGUCAGGGUCCGGGGAUAACCAGAGAGGAGGAUCGGGUAACGGAACCGGUUCUGGACAUGGAGAAGGAUAUGGGCAUGGCGAAGGUUCUGGUAGGGGAAAUGGUUCGGGCAAUGGUGAAGGGUACGGUGAGGGACGUGGAUAUGGCGAGGGUUACGGCAGCGGUGGAGGUGGCAACUGAAGAACAUACAUAUAUACACAUAUAUAUAAGCAAAAACUAUAUGAUCAUUACAUAUAUAUAUAUAUAUAUAAACAAAUUUCUUGUAUGUCAGCUUGCUAUAUUAACAUAUAUUUGAUUUUGUGGUAAGAAAAAUGCCUAUAGCUCUA